GGUUCUAAGUGUGAGCGCAUGCGCAAACGACGCCGGCACCAGGGAUUGGUGCGUGCGCAGGCCUGGGCCCGGGCGGCCGGAAGCGGAGCGGGCGCCUGAGCAGGCAACCGGGGCCGUGGCGAGCCAUGGAGGGGUCGCCGGAGUACCUCGGGCAGCCGCGCCAGGGCCCGGCGGCGGAGGAGGUCGAGCCCCAGGGCGCUUCGUGGAGCAGAGACAGCGGCAACGUGUCCCAGAGCCACAGCAGCGCCUCGGGGCCUUGGGAGGAGGAGGGCCCGGAGCUGGGAGCGCUGGGCCGCGACCUGCCGCUGCUGCGCCGCGCCGCCGCCGGCUACGCCGCCUGCCUGCUGCCCGGAGCCGGGGCGCGGCCCGAGGUCGAGGCCCUGGACGCGAGCCUGGAGGACCUCCUCACCAGGGUGGACGAGUUCGUGGGCAUGCUGGACAUGCUGCGCGGUGACUCCUCCCAUGUCGUCGGCGAGGGCGUGCCUCGCAUCCACGCGAAGGCGGCCGAGAUGCGGCGGGUGUACGGCAGGAUCGACAGGCUGGAGGCGUUCGUGGGGAUGAUCGGCGCCGGCGUGGCCCGGAUGGAGGAGCAGGUCGCCAGGGCGGAGGCCGAGCUGGGGGCCUUCCCCAGCACGUUCAGGAAGCUCCUGCACUCGAUCAGCGCGCCCUCCUUCUUCGGCAGGGCGCCCUCCGGCGGGCUCCAGCGGACCGGCUACGAGCCCCCUGCCCUGUUUCGGACCGAAGACCACUUUCCCUGUUGCAGCGAAAGACCUCAGAUAUGAGUCCGCCGGCCAGCGCUGCCCGAGGACGCUGUUGGAGAUCGUCGCGGGUAUUGCAUCACUUGAAAAAUCCUGUUACUAGACCUACGAUGUUGGAGAAUGGGAUUUUAAAGUUGUUGGUUUUUUUUGCACACUCUCAUUCUCACCAUCGUCAUUAUUUCACGUAGGAUAUGAUUUUCUUCCAAUUCUUACCUGAAAGCUGCUUGGUGGUGUGGAUCGGGGACACAAAACGAAUGAAAUAUCUAUGCGCUAUGGCAGAACUGUUACUUUUAUGGAUUUUAGAGCUCACCCUUUUCAAGGUUUAUGUAUUUAUAUGAUCUUAAAAACUGCUGAGCCGUUAAAGCCUUAUUUUUUUAUCUUAAUAGUGAUUCGACUUCCUAUAGCUUACUUUUCGUGUAAAUGAUCGGUUAUCCAACAUUAUAUUAAACUUUCCAUAUCGUGGAUUGCAAACCAAAGGAAAUUAUUCAAUUUCUGAGAAAGUGUAGUGAUGAUUUUUUUGCAACCAAUUCUGCAGUUGUAUUUGAAAGUAGGACCUCACAAUCUCAGUUUGUCCAAACGUAUAUAUACGUAUAUAUAUAUAUAUAUUAUAUACGUAUAUAUAUGGUUGUCAGUGUUUGGUUUAUAACUUAAAUAUUAGGGAAAAUUUUAAAUUUUACUGGAAAAGCUUUCCUUCUGAAAAGGCUUUACAUAUUUCCUUUUGGUUUGUUUGAAAAUAGACAUGUUGCUCAUGAUUUUAGUGAUAUAAUGAGAAGUGGCUUGGGAGUACCUCCUUUAGAAGACUAAUGUGAAAAACCUUAGCUACUAUUUCACAGCAUUGUAUGUUUCUUUCCCCUGAAAAUGAACAGUUCGUCAGUCACUUGUGUGAAUGAGUGGCGUUAGGGUUUUGUUUUUUCACACUGACAACAUGGACUCAGAGAUCUCUUGUCAAUACAACAGGCUUUGAUCUUGAUUUUAAUCUGUUUUAUAAAGUGGUCUUCCUAAAUAGAAGACCUCAAAUAAGCAUCCAGCUUAGGUUGCCUUUGUGCCAUUUAUCAUAGAUCUUUGAGGUUGGUACUGUAGGUAUAGUUCCACUUAGCCGUGUUAUGGAAAAUCUGAUAAUGUAACCCUUAGCUUUCAUGGACCUUCUGCGUCACACAUUUACAUUUUUUAUUCAGGUAGAUCAUUAAUUGCAAACUAAGGAAAUCGUAGAUUUAGAAGUGAAAGGACAAAUAACCUGCCUUAGUAUUUGGUAGCUGUUGGGUACUGCUCUGAAGUAUAUCCCUGCACAUAGUCACUCAGUAUGAAGUAGCUUUGUUACAUAACACCUGUAUUCCUAAACUGGUUUGUGAACUCAGUGUUAAAAAGUAGGUAAUAUUUGGGACAAGUUAUGAAAAAUAAGAAUAAUUUUAAAGCUGAGAUUUAAUAUCUGCAUAAUAGAAAUUCUAAAUUCCAGAAAGCAUAAAUUAACAACUGGGCUGUAAAGUAAAACUUCUUAAUUAGGAAUAUAUCAUGCUUAGAUAUUUUCAUAACCUACAAAAAAAUUGGAUUGAGAAAAUUAAAAGUACCCAUAACCAGUAAAGAAUAAAAUUCAGCUUAACAGCU